AUGUGUAUCUAUAGAAGUCCUUCAUGUGAAUAUAAAGAUAGUUUACAUUUACUCAAUAUCAUUAGUGACCAUUUGGGACACAAUUUAGAUGUUUAUAUAGUUGGAGAUACAAAUUUCCCGGGUAUUGAAUGGUCUACUACUCCCAAAAGUUCAAAUAAAAUAGGAACAGAUUUUAUCAAUUUCUGUGAUUCUCAUCAAUUAACACAACAUAUCAAAGUUCCAACACGUAAAUCUAAUAUUUUAGAUAUCUUACUCUCUAACUCCCUGGUAGAUAAUAUUCAUGUCGGUUCCCCUGUAGGUACUUCAGAUCACAAUCGUGUCCAUUUUCAGAUUAAAUCUUUUAAAUUUGAUCCGGUCCCUAAAAUAUUUUUUUAUAAUUAUCACAAAAUAAACUGGGAUAAUAUUUCUCUUAUUUUCAAUGAAGUGAACUGGGAUUUAAUUUUUGAAAGUAGAAAUGACAUCACACAAAUGUACACGAAUUUCACGUCAUUUUUAAAUUUCUGUUUUGUGAAUUCUGUUCCUUAUGAAGAGGUUCCAAUAAACAAAUAUAAUUUACCAAAUUACCUCCUCUCAAUGUAUAAACUGAAAGAAGAACUAUGGGUUAAGGUUUUAGAAACUAAAAGUAGACAUUAUAUUGAGCAAUUCAAAUUAUUUAGUAAAAAAUUAAAUAAAAAAAUUGAGAAAUAUAAUCGGAACUUUGAAAGUUGUCUUAUCAAAAAUAAUAAGUAUAAUAAAUUAAGUCAGAAAAUCAAGAACAUCCUCAAACCUAGAGAAUCAACAAUUCCUGCUUUCCAGGAUAAAAAUGGGACCAUACUAUUUGAUGAUUUUUCUAAGGCAAAUUGUUUAGCGGAAUAUUUCGAAGAACAAUAUGAAAAAGGUAAUUUAUUAACCAUACCAAAAGCAGUUCAAGUAUUCUCUGACCAAACAAUACCAUGGGUGUUAGAAGAAGAGGUAAUGGCGGUAAUUAAAAAAUGUAAAUCUAGUAGUUCCGAAACGUCGGAUGGAGUUCCCUUCAAAUUCAUAAAACUAAUUUCACCUUUCAUAGUCUCUCCCCUCACACAGAUCUAUAACUUUUCAAUGAUGACAUCUUCAGUUCCUACACAAUGGAAACAGUCUAUUGUGGUUCCGAUCCCUAAAAUAAAAAAUCCGGACAGUGUAAAACAUUUUAGGCCAAUUAGUUUGACUUCUCAACUAUGUAGGGUUUACGAAAAAAUAUUAAAAUCGCGGUUAGUGAAACAUCUUGAUUCUAUGAAAUUUUGGUCUGAUAAUCAACAUGGCUUUCGGCCAAAAAGAUCAACUGUUUCUCAAAUGGUUGAUGUAAUGGAUGACUGGACUUUAGCAUUAGAAGAUAAUAAACAAGUUGAUGUAAUUUAUUUUGACUAUGCAAAGGCAUUCGAUAAGGUUAAUCUUGAAUUAUUGUCGAAUUCAUUAUCAAGGCUAGGGUUGCACAAAAAUUUUGUAGGAUGGAUCGAUAAUUUUCUCAAAGACCGUACAUUCAAAGUAAAAAUUAACUGUUCUUUUUCAUCUCAAAAAAUGUGUUUUAGUGGAGUUCCUCAGGGAGGUGUUUUAUCACCUAUAUUGUUUGCUAUUUUUGUUAAUGACGUUAGCUCAAUUUUACCUCCAGGGAUAUUUUGUAAACAAUUUGCUGAUGAUAUGAAGUUAUAUUCAAGAAUAGAUAGCUUAGAAAGUUGCCAAAAUCUUCAGAAGGCAAUUAAAUGUAUUGAAAAAUGGAGUAAUGACAACUUACUUACUUUGAAUGCUUCAAAAACUCAAUUUAUAAGUCUUGGACGUCGUAAAAUUAACUUUUGUUACGAAGUUGAUAGCAAACCAAUAAAGUUAGAGAGUAAUGUACGAGACUUGGGAUUCAUUAUUUCAUCUAAGUUAGAUUUUGAGGAUCAUUGGAAAAAGGCCGUUACAAAAGCAAAUUUCAUCACAUAUCAAAUAUUUAAAACUUUUGAGAGUAAAAAUACUAGAUUCAUGAUUAAUAUUUAUAAAACUUUUGUUAGACCCCUUUUAGAAUAUGGUACAGUUGUGUGUAGUCCUUCGAAAAAAUGCAUUAAACUAAUGAUAGAAAGUGCCCAAAAUAAUUUUACGAGAAAACUAUUUUUCAGAUCCAAAGGGAAAUUUAUAAAAUGUAAUGAUAAGGAAUACAAGUAUUUCAGCUCACGAAACAAAGAAUUUGGUCUUGAUAGUUUAGAAAAUCGAAGAUUACGCCUUGAUAAACUCUUUUUAAGAAAACUAACCGAAGAAAAAAUAGAUUUGAUUCCCGGAAAACUCUUCACCUUGGAAACGAACACUGUUACACGAACUAAAAUAAGAUAUCUGUAUAAAACUCCGAAAACAAAAAUCAGACAACACUUUUUCACCCACCGAACUUGCUCAACACUAUAAUAAAGACUCAUAAUAAUAAUGACCUAUGUUACAAUAAAUACAAGCGCUUACUCGUCCUGGUUUUCAUGACCAUAGGCCCUGUCUUACCAUACUUGUGUCUUUCUACCCAUUUUUUUGUAUUUUCCUUUUUCCCCAAUAUUUUUUAUUUUCACGUUGUCCCCCAACGUAUUUCAAUAAAUAAAUAAAUAAAUAAAUUCGAGGAGUUGCUGCAUUUUCAGCUAUUGGUGAAAUUAUUGAUAGAAAUCGAUUGGAAUUUGCGGGAGGUGUUGAUUGUUUUCAAUCCAACAUUCUUGAUUUUCUCGACAAAAAAGUUUCUGAAAAAUCUUUUGGUCUUAUGAGAAAAUCAUUUCCCGAAGAAUAUUUGGAUCAAAUUGACACACUUGUGGAUGUCUCUGAUUUUUAUUUGAAUAAGGUUGAUAUUUCAAAAAUUAUUGAAGUUAUUGGUGAGUAUAUUAAAAGCUUUAUUUGAAUGAUAGAAAUUAUCUUGAAGGUUUGAAGCCUGUUUUGACACAUAGUGAUUUAUGGCAAUCGAAUGUUAUGAUUGUCAAAAAUAAACUCCAUGCAAUUAUUGAUUGGCAAACUGUUUCUUUUGGUUCACCAGCUCAAGAUAUUGGAUUAUUGAUUGUGUCUUGGUUAUCUACUCAAGAUCGAAGACAAAAAUUAGAUUUUCUGCUGAAUGAAUAUUACAAUACAUUUUUGGACAAAAUCAAAGGACAUCCAGUUCCAUAUACUUUUGAACAACUCAAACGAAAUUAUCAAUUACUAUUUCCGGUUUUAGCUUGUAUGAUGCUCCCAUGGAUUAUUCAGUUAUCAUUUUAUGUUCAAGAAAAAGAGUUGAGAGAAUAUGGGGUAAGUUUCUGAGGAAUUCUACAAAAAUGGAAGGUUUUCAGAUCGAAAAAUGUGUUGGAUUAAUGGAAGAUGUCUUGGCAACUCAUCAAAAAAAUCUUGAAGAUUUUCCAAAGUUUUUUGAACCACAAUAA